AUGUCUAGAGUAGGAGUAUUAGCAUUGGGCCCAGCCGGGGUCGGGAAGUCCACCUUCUGUAACUCGAUCAUAACACAUAUGCAAUCUAUUGGACGUCGUGCUCAUUUAGUGAACUUGGAUCCAGCAGCAGAAGCUACUGAAUAUGAGUUCACUAUUGAUAUUAGAGACUUGAUUUCUCUUCAAGAUGUCAUGGAAGAAAUGGACUUGGGUCCAAACGGUGCCUUGAUAUAUUGUUUCGAGUUCUUAUUGAAUAAUCUAGAUUGGUUAGAUGAAGAAAUUGGGGAUUUCAAUGAUGAAUAUUUAAUCUUUGAUUGUCCGGGACAAAUUGAACUUUAUACCCAUGUUCCUGUUCUUCCCACCAUUGUCAGACAUUUACAAACCCUGUUGAACUUCAACUUGUGUGCUACAUACCUUUUAGAAGCUCCCUUUGUCAUUGACAGAUCCAAAUUCUUUUCCGGUGCUCUUAGUGCCAUGUCUGCCAUGAUUUUGUUGGAACUUCCUCAUAUUAACAUUCUUUCUAAAGUAGAUCUUAUUAAAAAUGAAGUUUCCAGGAAGGAACUUAAAAAGUUUCUUAAUCCAGAUCCAUUACUUUUAAAUGCUUCAGAAGAUCAAGAAACUAAUCCAAGAUUUGCUAAACUUAAUAGAGCCAUUGCAAGUUUAGUUGAUGAUUUUGGUAUGGUUCAAUUUUUGCCAUUGGACUGUAACAAGGAUAGUGAUUCCGUGGCCACCAUUUUAAGUUAUAUAGACGAUGUCACACAAUGGUCUGAAGCUCAAGAACCAAAGGAACCUAAUGAUGAAGUUGAAAUUGAAGAUGAUGAAUAG